CUGAGAGAGUUCAGAGCGCGAGAAGAAGACGGAAGAACAACGGUUGAUUUCAGAUCAUUUAAAAUGUCUCUGUUCCUGAUACUGAUGCUGCCAUUAGCAGCAGUAACUCAAGUUUCCACCAUCACUGUCAGAGUUGGAGAUGACGUCACUCUGCCUUGUGACAAUAUAAAAGAUCUGAAUGAUGAAUGUUUCAGUACUACCUGGCUCUUCAGUGGUUCAGGAAGGUCGUCAACGUCAACGUUGUUUGAACAUGGGAAGAUUCACAAAGACGUUGGAUCUAAAUCAAACAGACUGAGAGUUACAACAAACUGUUUACUGGUUAUAAAGAAGGUCACAGAUGAGGAUGAUGGUCGUUACACCUGCAGACAGUUCAUAUCCGGAGAACCAGUUACAGACUCUGGUGUUGAUCUGUCUGUUACCAAAAAAGAAAGAACACCAACACCACCAACAACAACAACAACAAAGACAGUAGCAACAUCAUCUAAAACUCCAUCACCUCCACCUCCAACAACAACUAAAAUGACACACAACAACACACCUGAUCAACCAUCAACAACAGUCACAGGUUUUUGGACCAGGUUCAUCUUUGUUUCUGUGGGUUUGGCAGCACUCACACUAACUGUUGUGUCGCUCAACAUAUGGACGAGAACUAAAGGUUACAAAGGUCAUAGUGGAGCGAUGGUGUACAUCAAUGAAGAUGAAGGUGUAGUGAACUAUGAAAAUACCAAAGACCUUUCUGCUCCUGUUAGAGUCCACAGGUCAACAAAUCAAUAGUGAUAUAAUGUGUUAGAAUAUCAUUUAUUGUUCCAUCAGGGCCAGAAAUUUGUCUUUGUGUCAACGAUAAAAACAAUACACCAGAAAUAUGUUCUGUUCAACAACGGAAAUAUAUUUACUGUAGAUAAAGUCAAUCUUUUCACUGUAUGUAGUUGGUUGUUUUCAGUGUUUUUCUCAACAACUUUAUGAUAAAUUAUCAGAUGUAAUUUUAAAUUGUUCUACUGCCCCCUAGUGGACAAAGAAACCAUCUACAUCACAUGCAGCUUGACUUCAUUUUGACUUGUUGCACGAAUGUUUGCCUUUUUUCAUUGCUUUUUUUUUUUUUUUUGUCUUUUGUGUAUUUGUGUGUAUGUCACAGACUAAGAGGUGACCAUGAAAGUGCAUAUAAACCCACUCUGUGUGUGAAUCAUUGCAUGUGUACAUGCACAAACUAGCAUGACAGGAAGUUCUGGAUCAUUGUGUCUGACGUGAACUCACUGUGUCAUGUUAGUCUUUUAGGUUACAAAUAUACGAAACAUGUCUUUCAUGUAGAGCACUAGACCAGUCAAGAUAACUGUAUAAUUAGUGGCAGCUCCAUGGAAAGACACAGCUGAUGAUUGGCUGCUAAACGUAAAGUGCGACACAUCAGCACAUUUUCAUCAUUAAUAUUAUCAUGGAUGCAAAGAAAUGAAUGCAUUUGUUUUGUAUUAAUAUAUAACCUGUUGUAAAUAUAUAUUUAUAGUUUAAUAAAAGGAGAGAUCUU